AUGGCAAAAAAAUCAAAAGUAAAAGGUUAUGGUGCCUAUUGGAAAGGUGAUGUCCGCAAUAAAACUAUUGCCCGUAAAAACAAGCAAUACAUCUCAGACCAGCGGUGUCUGAGAAUCUACAAAAAACAGAUUAAAGAGCUAUCGCAAUCUUCAGUUGAUCACAAACAGCGUCCAAAUUUCACUAAAAAUACUAAUAAAGACUUCUUUUCGGACCCAGAUGGAGCAUCAGCUAUCGCAGAACAAAACGUCAAAGUAAUCAAGCCAAAAAUAGAAACCGUAUACUUCAUCCCUGGUGCACAUUCCAGAGCGAAAGAGACCGAUAUAGAUGAUGAUGAUGCAGAUAUAGAAGAUUCGAAAGAUAAAAGCAAAUCUACCGAUGUAACUGAUUCUAUCGACGCUUCUGGGCAUAUCAAUGCCGACGUCGACCACGUUGCUUCUGAUGAGUCAUUGGAUGAACAGGAAGAUUACCAGGGGACAGAUUCUGAUUCGAGCUCAAAAGAUGAUGAACUCGAUGAGAGUGCUCAUCGCGGUUCUCGACGUGAAGAAAGUGAUCAGAGGGGCAAUUUAAAAAAUAAUAAAUCAGACAAACGCACUAGAAAGGAUCUUCAAUCGGGUGAAAACCAGCAGGAAAGGAAUGGUGCUCCAGAUGGGAAACAAAAAAAGAAAUUUACCGGUGUUUAUGCAAAGGCGCUCAAACUUAGAGAAGAAAGAGCUAAGAUCAGAGCUCAACAACAUAAUGAAAAGGUGGAGAAAAUCAAACAAAAGAAACGUGAAAUCAGAGAAAAGAAACAGGAACGAUAUGAGAGACAUAGACUAUUAGGGAAGAAGACAAAAAAAGGCCAACCAAUAAUGUCACGUGUCAUAUCACACCUAAUGAACAACUACCAAAAAAAACAUGAACUAUGA